CAAAUUUGUACUUGGGGGCGUGGCUAAUGCGCUGGACCAGAUUUUAGUUUCUGUAAAACGGAGAUUACUCUCUCACACACUACACAGACACCAUACUAUACACACACUACACAACACACACACUACACACACAAUACACACUACACAACACACACAACACACAACACACACACACACACACCACACAACACACACACUACACCACACAUGCCCAGAGGAUUAUUAACACAGAGUUUAUCUGAAGUUGAUUUGGAUACAGGAGUAAAAGACUGAAGCAAUGAUGCGGAUUUCAGUGUGUUACUUUCUCCAGCUGUUCUACUGCACAGUGUCCGCUGUUUCUCCUCUGCCUCGAGCUCAGAAUUUGACCUGGACAUCAUUUAACUUUAAAACCAUCCUGACCUGGAGCUCCGAGUCUGAAUACACACACACCGUCGAGUUCUCUCGGGUGGGGAGAGACAGACAGAGGAAUCCUCACUGUAUUCAGAUCUCUCAGCGGGAGUGUGACCUCACUGGUGACCUCAGUGAACUUAAAGCUUCCUACACCGCAGAUGUGCUGACAGAGAUCAUGACCUUUGACCCCACAGAGCUCCCACUCGCUCAGUCGAAGCGUUUCUGCCCCUAUAAUGACACUGUAAUCGGAGCUCCACCUUUCAGUGUGAAUUUAGAUGAGAACGGUACGAUUGUGCUGAACAUCACUGACCAGCAGACGGCGCUGUACAAAGACGGACGCCACCUUACACUCCGAGACGUCUUUAAACACGACCUCAAAUACAGCAUCAUGUACCACAAAGCAGGAAGCACAGGAACAAAGCAGAUUGUGGUGUCAGACAGUGAGGUGGUGAUGACGGAGGUGGAACGAGGACCCAGUUACUGUUUCAAAGUGUCAGUGUUCAUCUCAUCUCGCAAACCAAACAGGAAACUGGCCAAGAGCUCUAUAGAGAAGUGUUCAUCUGCACUGACCUUCGACCUCUCCACAGAGUUUGACCCGGUGUCACUCGGAGCAGUGCUGCUGUUCGUUGCGAUGCUCCUCGUGGUGGUGGUUGUUGCAGUUGUGUGCUGCUGCAGAUGGAGAGGAGGAAAGAAAAGCAGGGGGCAGGAGGAGGGGAAGAAGGAGGAAGUGGAGGAGGAGAUUUAGAGGAAACCUUAAUCACGUGUUCACGUGAGAGCGACUCUAUAGUUUCUAUGAAAUGGAAAUAUGAUCAGAUCUGAUCCCACAUCACACACAUCACAUGUUCAGAUACACACACAUCACACACAUCACAUGUUCAUAUACACACACAUCACACACAUCACAUGUUCAGAUACACACACAUCACACACAUCACAUGUUCAG